CUGAAUUUUGGGACUGUGACACUGACCUGAGGUUGAGGACUUUAAUGUUAUAAACACUGCAUAAUAGAACUGUAAUCUAUCUAUUACAAAGAUUGCAGGGCAACUAGAUUCUUAAGAUUGCUUUUAAAUGUGAUUCAGGUUUUAUUUGAAAAUAAUCAGGAUGAAGAGAAAAGAAUUGAGCAUGUUAAUAAUGGGUAUCAUUUUGGGAGCCUUAAAAGGAGAAACCACGGCACUGUUAACCUCAACUAGUCUUAGUGAAACAACAGAAUCCACAGCUGUCACAUCUUCAACAUCACCAAGUUCUUCCGCUGUAACAACUGCAGAAACGACACUGGUAACCUCAGCUAGUGUUAGUGAAACAACAGAAUCCACAGCUGUCACAUCUUCAACAUCACCAAGUUCUUCCGCUGGAACAACUGCAGAAACGACACUGCUAACCUCAACUAGUGUUAGUGAAACAACAGAAUCCACAGCUGUCACAUCUUCAACAUCACCAAGUUCUUCCGCUGGAACAACUGCAGAAACGACACUGCUAACCUCAACUAGUCUUAGUGAAACAACAGAAUCCACAGCUGUCACAUCUUCAACAUCACCAAGUUCUUCUGCUGGAACAACUGCAGAAACGACACUGCUAACCUCAACUAGUCUUAGUGAAACAACAGAAUCCACAGCUGUCACAUCUUCAACAUCACCAAGUUCUUCUGCUGGAACAACCGCAGAAACGACACUGCUAACCUCAACUAGUGUCAGUGAAACAACAGAAUCCACAGCUGUCACAUCUUCAACAUCACCAAGUUCUUCUGCUGGAACAACCGCAGAAACGACACUGCUAACCUCAACUAGUCUUAGUGAAACAACAGAAUCCACAGCUGUCACAUCUUCAGCAUCACCAAGUUCUUCGGCUGGAACAACCGCAGAAACGACACUGCUAUCCUCAACUAGUCUUAGUGAAACAACAGAAUCGACAGCUGUCACAUCUUCAACAUCACCAAGUUCUUCCGCUGGAACAACUGCAGAAACGACACUGCUAACCUCAACUAGUGUUAGUGAAACAACAGAAUCCACAGCUGUCACAUCUUCAACAUCACCAAGUUCUUCCGCUGGAAUAACCGCAGAAAUGACACUGCUAACCUCAACUAGUCUUAGUGAAACAACAGAAUCCACAGCUGUCACAUCUUCAACAUCACCAAGUUCUUCUGCUGGAACAACUGCAGAAACGACACUGCUAACCUCAACUAGUCUUAGUGAAACAACAGAAUCCACAGCUGUCACAUCUUCAACAUCACCAAGUUCUACCGCUGGAACGACUGUAGAAACGACACUGCUAACCUCAGCUAGUGUUAGUGAAACAACAGAAUCCACAGCUGUCACAUCUUCGACAUCACCAAGUUCUUCUGCUGGAACAACUGCAGAAACGACACUGCUAACCUCAACUAGUCUUAGUGAAACAACAGAAUCCACAGCUGUCACAUCUUCAACAUCACCAAGUUCUUUCGCUGGAACAACUGCAGAAACGACACUGCUACCCUCAGCUAGUGUUAGUGAAACAACAGAAUCCACAGCUGUCACAUCUUCAACAUCACCAAGUUCUUCUGCUGGAACAACUGCAGAAACGACACUGCUAACCUCAACUAGUCUUAGUGAAACAACAGAAUCCACAGCUGUCACAUCUUCAGCAUCACCAAGUUCUUCUGGUGGAACAACCGCAGAAACGACACUGCUAACCUCAACUAGUCUUAGUGAAACAACAGAAUCCACAGCUGUCACAUCUUCAACAUCACCAAGUUCUUCUGCUGGAACAACUGCAGAAACGACACUGCUAACCUCAGCUAGUCUUAGUGAAACAACAGAAUCCACAGCUGUCUCAUCUUCAACAUCACCAAGUUCUUCCGCUGGAACAACUGCAGAAACGACACUGCUAACCUCAACUAGUCUUAGUGAAACAACAGAAUCCACAGCUGUCACAUCUUCAGCAUCGCCAAGUUCUUCCGCUGGAACAACUCCAGAAACGACACUGCUAAACUCAGCUAGUGUUAGUGAAACAACAGAAUCCACAGCUGUCACAUCUUCAGCAUCACCAAGUUCUUCUGCUGGAACAACUGCAGAAACGACACUGCUAACCUCAGCUAGUGUUAGUGAAACAACAGAAUCCACAGCUGUCACAUCUUCUACAUCACCAAGUUCUUCUGCUGGAACAACUGCAGAAACCACACUGCUAACCUCAACUAGUCUUAGUGAAACAACAGAAUCGACAGCUGUCACAUCUUCAGCAUCACCAAGUUCUUCUGCUGGAACAACCGCAGAAACGACACUGCUAACCUCAACUAGUCUUAGUGAAACAACAGAAUCCACAGCUGUCACAUCUUCAACAUCACCAAGUUCUUCUGCUGGAACGACAGUAGAAACGACACUGCUAACCUCAACUAGUGUUAGUGAAACAACAGAAUCCACAGCUGUCACAUCUUCCACAUCACCAAGUUCUUCUGCUGGAACAACUGCAGAAACGACACUGCUAACCUCAACUAGUCUUAGUGAAACAACAGAAUCCACAGCUGUCACAUCUUCAACAUCACCAAGUUCUUCUGCUGGAACAACUGCAGAAACGACACUGCUAACCUCAACUAGUCUUAGUGAAACAACAGAAUCCACAGCUGUCACAUCUUCAACAUCACCAAGUUCUUCUGCUGAAACAACUGCAGAAACGACACUGCUAACCUCAGCUAGUCUUAGUGAAACAACAGAAUCCACAGCUGUCACAUCUUCAACAUCACCAAGUUCUUCUGCUGGAACAACUGCAGAAACGACACUGCUAACCUCAACUAGUCUUAGUGAAACAACAGAAUCCACAGCUGUCACAUCUUCAACAUCACCAAGUUCUUCUGCUGGAACAACUGCAGAAACGACACUGCUAACCUCAACUAGUCUUAGUGAAACAACAGAAUCCACAGCUGUCACAUCUUCAACAUCACCAAGUUCUUCUGCUGUUACAACCGCAGAAACGACACUGCUAACCUCAGUUAGUGUUAGUGAAACAACAGAAUCCACAGCUGUGACAUCUUCAACAUCACCAAGUUCUUCUGCUGGAACAACUGCAGAAACGACACUGCUAACCUCAACUAGUCUUAGUGAAACAACACAAUCCACAGCUGUCACACCUUCAACAUCACCAAGUUCUUCUGCUGGAACAACUGCAGAAACGACACUGCUAACCUCAACUAGUCUUAGUGAAACAACAGAAUCCACAGCUGUCACAUCUUCAGCAUCACCAAGUUCUUCUGCUGGAACAACUGCAGAAACGACACUGCUAACCUCAGCUAGUCUUAGUGAAACAAUAGAAUCCACAGCUGUCACAUCUUCAACAUCACCAAGUUCUUCCGCUGGAACGACUGCAGAAACGACACUGCUAACCUCAGCUAGUGUUAGUGAAACAACAGAAUCCACAGCUGUCACAUCUUCAACAUCACCAAGUUCUUCUGCUGGAACAACCGCAGAAACAACACUGCUAACCUCAACUAGUCUUAGUGAAACAACAGAAUCCACAGCUGUCACAUCUUCAGCAUCACCAAGUUCUUCUGCUGGAACAACCGCAGAAACGACACUGCUAACCUCAACUAGUCUUAGUGAAACAACAGAAUCCACAGCUGUCACAUCUUCAGCAUCACCAAGUUCUUCUGCUGGAACAACUGCAGAAACGACACUGCUAACCUCAACUAGUGUUAGUGAAACAACAGAAUCCACAGCUGUCACAUCUUCAACACCACCAAGUUCUUCUGCUGGAACAACCGCAGAAACGACACUGCUAACCUCAACUAGUCUUAGUGAAACAACAGAAUCCACAGCUGUGACAUCUUCAACAUCACAAAGUUCUUCUGCUGGAACAACCGCAGAAACGACACUGCUAACCUCAACUAGUCUUAGUGAAACAACAGAAUCCACAGCUGUCACAUCUUCAACAUCACCAAGUUCUUCUGCUGGAACAACCGCAGAAACGACACUGCUAUCCUCAACUAGUCUUAGUGAAACAACAGAAUCCACAGCUGUCACAUCUUCAACAUCACCAAGUUCGCUAACCUCAGCUAGUCUUAGUGAAACAACAGAAUCCACAGCUGUCACAUCUUCAACAUCACCAAGUUCUUCUGCUGGAACAACCGCAGAAACGACACUGCUAACCUCAACUAGUGUUAGUGAAACAACAGAAUCCACAGCUGUCACAUCUUCAACAUCACCAAGUUCGCUAACCUCAACUAGUCUUAGUGAAACAACAGAAUCCACAGCUGUCACAUCUUCAACAUCACCAAGUUCUUCUGCUGGAACAACCGCAGAAACGACACUGCUAACCUCAACUAGUCUUAGUGAAACAACAGAAUCCACAGCUGUCACAUCUUCAACAUCACCAAGUUCUUCUGCUGGAACAACCGCAGAAACGACACUGCUAACCUCAACUAGUCUUAGUGAAACAACAGAAUCCACAGCUGUCACAUCUUCAACAUCACCAAGUUCGCUAACCUCAGCUAGUCUUAGUGAAACAACAGAAUCCACAGCUGUCACAUCUUCAACAUCACCAAGUUCUUCUGCUGGAACAACUGCAGAAACGACACUGCUAACCUCAGCUAGUGUUAGUGAAACAACAGAAUCCACAGCUGUCACAUCUUCAGCAUCACCAAGUUCUUCUGCUGGAACAACUGCAGAAACGACACUGAUAACCUCAGCUAGUCUUAGUGAAACAACAGAAUCCACAGCUGUCACAUCUUCAACAUCACCAAGUUCUUCUGCUGGAACAACCGCAGAAACGACACUGCUAACCUCAACUAGUCUUAGUGAAACAACAGAAUCCACAGCUGUCACAUCUUCAACAUCACCAAGUUCGCAAACCUCAGCUAGUCUUAGUGAAACAACAGAAUCCACAGCUGUCACAUCUUCAACAUCACCAAGUUCUUCUGCUGGAACAACUGCAGAAACGACACUGCUAACCUCAACUAGUCUUAGCGAAACAACAGAAUCCACAGCUGUCACAUCUUCAGCAUCACCAAGUACUUCUGCUGGAACAACCGCAGAAAUGACACUGCUAACCUCAACUAGUCUUAGUGAAACAACAGAAUCCACAGCUGUCACAUCUUCAACAUCACCAAGUUCUUCUGCUGGAACAACCACAGAAACGACACUGCUAACCUCGACUAGUGUUAGUGAAACAACAGAAUCCACAGCUGUCACAUCUUCAGCAUCACCAAGUUCUUCUACUGGAACAACCGCAGAAACGACACUGCUAACCUCAGCUAGUGUAAGUGAAACAACAGAAUCCACAGCUGUCACAUCUUCAGCAUCACCAAGUUCUUCUGCUGGAACAACUGCAGAAACGACACUGCUAACCUCAACUAGUGUUAGUGAAACAACAGAAUCCACAGCUGUCACAUCUUCAACAUCACCAAGUUCUUCUGCUGGAACAACCGCAGAAACGACACUGCUAACCUCAACUAGUCUUAGUGAAACAACAGAAUCCAUAGCUGUCACAUCUUCAACAUCACCAAGUUCUUCUGCUGGAACAACCGCAGAAACGACACUGCUAACCUCAACUAGUCUUAGUGAAACAACAGAAUCCACAGCUGUCACAUCUUCAACAUCACCAAGUUCUUCUGCUGGAACAACCGCAGAAACGACACUGCUAACCUCAACUAGUCUUGGUGAAACAACAGAAUCCACAGCUGUCACAUCUUCAACAUCACCAAGUUCGCUAACCUCAGCUAGUCUUAGUGAAACAACAGAAUCCACAGCUGUCACAUCUUCAACAUCACCAAGUUCUUCUGCUGGAACAACUGCAGAAACGACACUGCUAACCUCAGCUAGUGUUAGUGAAACAACAGAAUCCACAGCUGUCACAUCUUCAGCAUCACCAAGUUCUUCUGCUGGAACAACUGCAGAAACGACACUGCUAACCUCAACUAGUCUUAGUGAAACAACAGAAUCCACAGCUGUCACAUCUUCAACAUCACCAAGUUCUUCUGCUGGAACAACUGCAGAAACGACACUGCUAACCUCAACUAGUCUUAGUGAAACAACAGAAUCCACAGCUGUCACAUCUUCAACAUCACCAAGUUCUUCUGGGGGAACAACCGCAGAAAUGACACUGCUAACCUCAACUAGUGUUAGUGAAACAACAGAAUCCACAGCUGUCACAUCUACAACAUCACCAAGUUCGCUAACCUCAACUAGUCUUAGUGAAACAACAGAAUCCACAGCUGUCACAUCUUCAACAUCACCAAGUUCUUCUGGGGGAACAACCGCAGAAACGACACUGCUAACCUCAACUAGUCUUAGUGAAACAACAGAAUCCACAGCUGUCACAUCUUCCACAUCACCAAGUUCUUCUGGGGGAACAACCGCAGAAACGACACUGCUAACCUCAACUAGUCUUAGUGAAACAACAGAAUCCACAGCUGUCACAUCUUCCACAUCACCAAGUUCUUCUGGGGGAACGACCGCAGAAACGACACUGCUAACCUCAACUAGUCUUAGUGAAACAACACAAUCCACAGCUGUCACAUCUUCAACAUCACCAAGUUCUUCUGCUGGAACAACUGCAGAAACGACACUGCUAACCUCAACUAGUGUUAGUGAAACAACAGAAUCCACAGCUGUCACAUCUUCAACAUCACCAAGUUCGCUAACCUCAACUAGUCUUAGUGAAACAACACAAUCCACAGCUGUCACAUCUUCAACAUCACCAAGUUCUUCUGCUGGAACAACCGCAGAAACGACACUGCUAACCUCAACUAGUCUUAGUGAAACAACAGAAUCCACAGCUGUCACAUCUUCAACAUCACCAAGUUCUUCUGCUGGAACAACCGCAGAAACGACACUGCUAACCUCAACUAGUCUUAGUGAAACAACAGAAUCCACAGCUGUCACAUCUUCAACAUCACCAAGUUCGCUAACCUCAGCUAGUCUUAGUGAAACAACAGAAUCCACAGCUGUCACAUCUUCAACAUCACCAAGUUCUUCUGCUGGAACAACUGCAGAAACGACACUGCUAACCUCAGCUAGUGUUAGUGAAACAACAGAAUCCACAGCUGUCACAUCUUCAGCAUCACCAAGUUCUUCUGCUGGAACAACUGCAGAAACAACACUGAUAACCUCAGCUAGUCUUAGUGAAACAACAGAAUCCACAGCUGUCACAUCUUCAACAUCACCAAGUUCUUCUGCUGGAACAACUGCAGAAACGACACUGCUAACCUCAACUAGUCUUAGCGAAACAACAGAAUCCACAGCUGUCACAUCUUCAGCAUCACCAAGUACUUCUGCUGGAACAACCGCAGAAAUGACACUGCUAACCUCAACUAGUCUUAGUGAAACAACAGAAUCCACAGCUGUCACAUCUUCAACAUCACCAAGUUCUUCGGCUGGAACAACUGCAGAAACGACACUGCUAACCUCAACUAGUCUUGAUCAAACAACAGAAUCCACAGCUGUCACAUCUUCAACAUCACCAAGUUCUUCUGCUGGAACAACCACAGAAACGACACUGCUAACCUCGACUAGUGUUAGUGAAACAACAGAAUCCACAGCUGUCACAUCUUCAGCAUCACCAAGUUCUUCUACUGGAACAACCGCAGAAACGACACUGCUAACCUCAGCUAUUGUUAGUGAAACAACAGAAUCCACAGCUGUCACAUCUUCAGCAUCACCAAGUUCUUCUGCUGGAACAACCGCAGAAACGACACUGCUAACCUCAACUAGUCUUAGUGAAACAACAGAAUCCACAGCUGUCACAUCUUCAACAUCACCAAGUUCUUCUGCUGGAACAACUGCAGAAACGACACUGCUAACCUCAGCUAGUGUUAGUGAAACAACACAAUCCACAUCUGUCACAUCUUCAACAUCACCAAGUUCUUCUGCUGGAACAACCGCAGAAACGACACUGCUAACCUCAACUAGUCUUGGUGAAACAACAGAAUCCACAGCUGUCACACCUUCAACAUCACCAAGUUCGCUAACCUCAGCUAGUCUUAGUGAAACAACAGAAUCCACAGCUGUCACAUCUUCAACAUCACCAAGUUCUUCUGCUGGAACAACUGCAGAAACGACACUGCUAACCUCAGCUAGUGUUAGUGAAACAACAGAAUCCACAGCUGUCACAUCUUCAGCAUCACCAAGUUCUUCUGCUGGAACAACUGCAGAAACGACACUGCUAACCUCAACUAGUCUUAGUGAAACAACAGAAUCCACAGCUGUCACAUCUUCAACAUCACCAAGUUCUUCUGCUGGAACAACUGCAGAAACGACACUGCUAACCUCAACUAGUCUUAGUGAAACAACAGAAUCCACAGCUGUCACAUCUUCAACAUCACCAAGUUCUUCUGGGGGAACAACCGCAGAAAUGACACUGCUAACCUCAACUAGUGUUAGUGAAACAACAGAAUCCACAGCUGUCACAUCUACAACAUCACCAAGUUCGCUAACCUCAACUAGUCUUAGUGAAACAACAGAAUCCACAGCUGUCACAUCUUCAACAUCACCAAGUUCUUCUGGGGGUACAACCGCAGAAACGACACUGCUAACCUCAACUAGUCUUAGUGAAACAACAGAAUCCACAGCUGUCACAUCUUCCACAUCACCAAGUUCUUCUGGGGGAACGACCGCAGAAACGACACUGCUAACCUCAACUAGUCUUAGUGAAACAACAGAAUCCACAGCUGUCACAUCUUCAACAUCACCAAGUUCGCUAACCUCAGCUAGUCUUAGUGAAACAACAGAAUCCACAGCUGUCACAUCUUCAACAUCACCAAGUUCUUCUGCUGGAACAACUGCAGAAACGACACUGCUAACCUCAGCUAGUGUUAGUGAAACAACAGAAUCCACAGCUGUCACAUCUUCAGCAUCACCAAGUUCUUCUACUGGAACAACUGCAGAAACGACACUGCUAACCUCAACUAGUCUUAGUGAAACAACAGAAUCCACAGCUGUCACAUCUUCAACAUCACCAAGUUCUUCUGCUGAAACAACUGCAGAAACGACACUGCUAACCUCAGCUAGUCUUCAUGAAACAACAGAAUCCACAGCUGUCACAUCUUCAACAUCACCAAGUUCUUCUGCUGGAACAACUGCAGAAACGACACUGCUAACCUCAGCUAGUGUUAGUCAAACAACAGAAUCCACAGCUGUCACAUCUUCAACAUCACCAAGUUCUUCUGGGGGAACAACCGCAGAAACGACACUGCUAACCUCAACUAGUCUUAGUGAAACAACAGAAUCCACAGCUGUCACAUCUUCAGCAUCACCAAGUUCUUCUACUGUAACAACCGCAGAAACGACACUGCUAACCUCAGCUAGUGUUAGUGAAACAACAGAAUCCACAGCUGCAACAUCUUCGACAGCACCAAGUUCUUCUGCUGGAACAACUGAAGAAACGACACUGCUAACCUCAGCUAGUGUUAGUGAAACAACAGAAUCCACAGCUGUCACAUCUUCCACAUCACCAAGUUCUUCUGCUGGAACAACCGCAGAAACGACACUGCUAACCUCAGCUCGUGUAAGUGAAACAACAGAAUCGAAAGCUGUCACAUCUUCAGCAUCACCAAGUUCUUCUGCUGGAACAACCGCAGAAACGACACUGCUAUCCUCAACUAGUCUUAGUGAAACAACAGAAUCCACAGCUGUGACACCUUCAACAUCACCAAGUUCGCUAACCUCUGCUAGUCUUAGUGAAACAACAGAAUCCACAGCUGUCACAUUUUCAACAUCAUCAAGUUCUUCUGCUGGAACAACUGCAGAAACGACACUGCUAACCUCGACUAGUCUUAGUGAAACAACAGAAUCCACAGCUGUCACAUCUUCAACAUCACCAAGUUCUUCUGCUGGAACAACUGCAGAAACGACACUGCUAACCUCAGCUAGUCCUCAUGAAACAACAGAAUCCACAGCUGUCACAUCUUCAACAUCACCAAGUUCUUCUGCUGGAACAACUGCAGAAACCACACUGCUAACCUCAGCUAGUGUUAGUGAAACAACAGAAUCCACAGCUGUCACAUCUUCAACAUCACCAAGUUCUUCUGCUGGAACAACCGCAGAAACGACACUGCUAACCUCAACUAGUCUUAGUGAAACAACAGAAUCCACAGCUGUCACAUCUUCAGCAUCACCAAGUUCUUCUACUGGAACAACCGCAGAAACGACACUGCUAACCUCAGCUAGUGUUAGUGAAACAACAGAAUCCACAGCUGUCACAUCUUCAACAUCACCAAGUUCUACUGCUGGAACAACCGCAGAAACGACACUGCUAACCUCAACUAGUGUUAGUGAAACAACAGAAUCCACAGCUGUCACAUCUUCAACAUCACCAAGUUCUUCUGCUGGAACAACUGCAGAAACGACACUGCUAACCUCAACUAGUGUUAGUGAAACAACAGAAUCCACAGCUGUCACAUCUUCAACAUCACCAAGUUCUUCUGCUGGAACAACUGCAGAAACGACACUGCUAACCUCAGCUAGUCCUCAUGAAACAACAGAAUCCACAGCUGUCACAUCUUCAACAUCACCAAGUUCUUCUGCUGGAACAACUGCAGAAACCACACUGCUAACCUCAGCUAGUGUUAGUGAAACAACAGAAUCCACAGCUGUCACAUCUUCAACAUCACCAAGUUCUUCUGCUGGAACAACCGCAGAAACGACACUGCUAACCUCAACUAGUCUUAGUGAAACAACAGAAUCCACAGCUGUCACAUCUUCAGCAUCACCAAGUUCUUCUACUGGAACAACCGCAGAAACGACACUGCUAACCUCAGCUAGUGUUAGUGAAACAACAGAAUCCACAGCUGUCACAUCUUCAACAUCACCAAGUUCUACUGCUGGAACAACCGCAGAAACGACACUGCUAACCUCAACUAGUGUUAGUGAAACAACAGAAUCCACAGCUGUCACAUCUUCAACAUCACCAAGUUCUUCUGCGGGAACAACCGCAGAAACGACACUGCUAACCUCAACUAGUCUUAGUGAAACAACAGAAUCCACAGCUGUCACAUCUUCAACAUCACCAAGUUCUUCGGCUGGAACAACUGCAGAAACGACACUGCUAACCUCAACUAGUCUUGAUCAAACAACAGAAUCCACAGCUGUCACAUCUUCAACAUCACCAAGUUCUUCUGCUGGAACAACUGCAGAAACGACACCAAGUUCGCUGACCUCUGCUAGUCUUAGUGAAACAACAGAAUCCACAGCUGUCACAUCUUCAACAUCACCAAGUUCUUCUGCUGGAACAACUGCAGAAACGACACUGCUAACCUCAACUAGUCUUAGUGAAACAACAGAAUCCACAGCUGUCACAUCUUCAACAUCACCAAGUUCUUCUGCUGGAACAACUGCAGAAACGACACUGCUAACCUCAGCUAGUGUUAGUGAAACAACAGAAUCCACAGCUGUCACAUCUUCAACAUCACCAAGUUCGCUAACCUCAACUAGUCUUAGUGAAACAACAGAAUCCACAGCUGACACAUCUUCAACAUCACCAAGUUCUUCUGCUGGAACAACCGCAGAAACGACACUGCUAACCUCAACUAGUCUUAGUGAAACAACAGAAUCCACAGCUGUCACAUCUUCAACAUCACCAAGUUCUUCUGCUGGAACAACCGCAGAAACGACAUUGCUAACCUCAGCUAGUGUUAGUGAAACAACAGAAUCCACAGCUGUCACAUCUUCAACAUCACCAAGUUCGCUAACCUCAACUAGUCUUAGUGAAACAACAGAAUCCACAGCUGACACAUCUUCAACAUCACCAAGUUCUUCUGCUGGAACAACUGCAGAAACGACACUGCUAACCUCAACUAGUCUUAGUGAAACAACAGAAUCCACAGCUGUCACAUCUUCAGCAUCACCAAGUUCUUCUACUGGAACAACCGCAGAAACGACACUGCUAACCUCAGCUAGUGUUAGUGAAACAACAGAAUCCACAGCUGUCACAUCUUCAACAUCACCAAGUUCUUCUGCUGGAACAACUGCAGAAACGACACUGCUAACCUCAGCUAGUGUUAGUGAAACAACAGAAUCCACAGCUGUCACAUCUUCAACAUCACCAAGUUCUUCUGCUGGAACAACCACAGAAACGACACUGCUAACCUCAAGUAGUCUUAGUGAAACAACAGAAUCCACAGCUGUCACAUCUUCAGCAUCACCAAGUUCUUCUACUGGAACAACCGCAGAAACGACAUUGCUAACCUCAGCUAGUGUAAGUGAAACAACAGAAUCCACAGCUGUCACAUCUUCAGCAUCACCAAGUUCUUCUGCUGGAACAACCGCAGAAACGACACUGCUAUCCUCAACUAGUCUUAGUGAAACAACAGAAUCCACAGCUGUCACAUCUUCAACAUCACCAAGUUCGCUAACCUCAACUAGUCUUAGUGAAACAACAGAAUCCACAGCUGUCACAUCUUCAGCAUCACCAAGUUCUUCUACUGGAACAACCGCAGAAACGACACUGCUAACCUCAGCUAGUGUUAGUGAAACAACAGAAUCCACAGCUGUCACAUCUUCAACAUCACCAAGUUCGCUAACCUCAACUAGUCUUAGUGAAACAACAGAAUCCACAGCUGACACAUCUUCAACAUCACCAAGUUCUUCUGCUGGAACAACUGCAGAAACGACACUGCUAACCUCAACUAGUCUUAGUGAAACAACAGAAUCCACAGCUGUCACAUCUUCAGCAUCACCAAGUUCUUCUACUGGAACAACCGCGGAAACGACAUUGCUAACCUCAGCUAGUGUAAGUGAAACAACAGAAUCCACAGCUGUCACAUCUUCAGCAUCACCAAGUUCUUCUGCUGGAACAACCGCAGAAACGACACUGCUAUCCUCAACUAGUCUUAGUGAAACAACAGAAUCCACAGCUGUCACAUCUUCAACAUCACCAAGUUUGCUAACCUCAGCUAGUCUUAGUGAAACAACAGAAUCCACAGCUGUCACAUCUUCAACAUCACCAAGUUCUUCUGCUGGAACAACCGCAGAAAAGACACUGCUAACCUCAACUAGUCUUAGUGAAACAACAGAAUCCACAGCUGUCACAUCUUCAACAUCACCAAGUUCUUCUGCUGGAACAACUGCAGAAACGACACUGCUAACCUCAACUAGUCUUAGUGAAACAACAGAAUCCACAGCUGUCACAUCUUCAACAUCACCAAGUUCUUCUGCUGGAACGACUGCAGAAACGACACUGCUAACCUCAACUAGUCUUAGUGAAACAACAGAAUCCACAGCUGUCACAUCUUCAACAUCACCAAGUUCUUCUGCUGGAACAACUGCAGAAACGACACUGCUAACCUCAGCUAGUCUUAGUGAAACAACAGAAUCCACAGCUGUCACAUCUUCAGCAUCACCAAGUUCUUCUGCUGGAACAACUGCAGAAACGACACUGCUAACCUCAACUAGUCUUAGUGAAACAACAGAAUCCACAGCUGUCACAUCUUCAACAUCACCAAGUUCUUCUGCUGGAACGACUGCAGAAACGACACUGCUAACCUCAACUAGUCUUAGUGAAACAACAGAAUCCACAGCUGUCACAUCUUCAACAUCACCAAGUUCUUCUGCUGGAACAACCGCAGAAACGACACUGCUAACCUCAACUAGUCUUAGUGAAACAACAGAAUCCACAGCUGUCACAUCUUCAACAUCACCAAGUUCGCUAACCUCAGCUAGUCUUAGUGAAACAACAGAAUCCACAGCUGUCACAUCUUCAACAUCACCAAGUUCUUCUGCUGGAACAACUGCAGAAAUGACACUGCUAACCUCAGCUAGUGUUAGUGAAACAACAGAAUCCACAGCUGUCACAUCUUCAACAUCACCAAGUUCUUCCGCUGGAACAACCGCAGAAACGACACUGCUAACCUCAACUAGUCUUAGUGAAACAACAGAAUCCACAGCUGUCACAUCUUCAACAUCACCAAGUUCUUCUGCUGGAACAACUGCAGAAACGACACUGCUAACCUCAGCUAGUGUUAGUGAAACAACAGAAUCCACAGCUGUCACAUCUUCAACAUCACUAAGUUCUUCUGCUGGAACAACUGCAGAAACGACACUUCUAACCUCAGCUAGUGUUAGUGAAACAACAGAAUCCACAGCUGUCACAUCUUCAACAUCACCAAGUUCUUCUGCUGGACCAACCGCAGAAACGACACUGCUAACCUCAACUAGUCUUAGUGAAACAACAGAAUCCACAGCUGUCACAUCUUCAGCAUCACCAAGUUCUUCUGCUGGAACAACUGCAGAAACGACACUGCUAACCUCAGCUAGUCUCCAUGAAACAACAGAAUCCACAGCUGUCACAUCUUCAACAUCACCAAGUUCUUCGGCUGGAACAACUGCAGAAACGACACUGCUAACCUCAACUAGUCUUGAUCAAACAACAGAAUCCACAGCUGUCACAUCUUCAACAUCACCAAGUUCUUCUGCUGGAACAACUGCAGAAACGACACCAAGUUCGCUGACCUCUGCUAGUCUUAGUGAAACAACAGAAUCCACAGCUGUCACAUCUUCAACAUCACCAAGUUCUUCUGCUGGAACAACUGCAGAAACGACACUGCUAACCUCAGCUAGUGUUAGUGAAACAACAGAAUCCACAGCUGUCACAUCUUCAACAUCACCAAGUUCGCUAACCUCAACUAGUCUUAGUGAAACAACAGAAUCCACAGCUGACACAUCUUCAACAUCACCAAGUUCUUCUGCUGGAACAACUGCAGAAACGACACUGCUAACCUCAACUAGUCUUAGUGAAACAACAGAAUCCACAGCUGUCACAUCUUCAGCAUCACCAAGUUCUUCUACUGGAACAACCGCAGAAACGACACUGCUAACCUCAGCUAGUGUUAGUGAAACAACAGAAUCCACAGCUGUCACAUCUUCAACAUCACCAAGUUCUUCUGCUGGAACAACUGCAGAAACGACACUGCUAACCUCAACUAGUCUUAGUGAAACAACAGAAUCCACAGCUGUCACAUCUUCAACAUCACCAAGUUCUUCUGCUGGAACAACUGCAGAAACGACACUGCUAACCUCAGCUAGUGUUAGUGAAACAACAGAAUCCACAGCUGUCACAUCUUCAACAUCACCAAGUUCGCUAACCUCAACUAGUCUUAGUGAAACAACAGAAUCCACAGCUGACACAUCUUCAACAUCACCAAGUUCUUCUGCUGGAACAACCGCAGAAACGACACUGCUAACCUCAACUAGUCUUAGUGAAACAACAGAAUCCACAGCUGUCACAUCUUCAACAUCACCAAGUUCUUCUGCUGGAACAACUGCAGAAACGACACUGCUAACCUCAGCUAGUGUUAGUGAAACAACAGAAUCCACAGCUGUCACAUCUUCAACAUCACCAAGUUCGCUAACCUCAACUAGUCUAAGUGAAACAACAGAAUCCACAGCUGACACAUCUUCAACAUCACCAAGUUCUUCUGCUGGAACAACUGCAGAAACGACACUGCUAACCUCAACUAGUCUUAGUGAAACAACAGAAUCCACAGCUGUCACAUCUUCAGCAUCACCAAGUUCUUCUACUGGAACAACCGCAGAAACGAUACUGCUAACCUCAGCUAGUGUUAGUGAAACAACAGAAUCCACAGCUGUCACAUCUUCAACAUCACCAAGUUCUUCUGCUGGAACAACUGCAGAAACGACACUGCUAACCUCAGCUAGUCUUAGUGAAACAACAGAAUCCACAGCUGUCACAUCUUCAACAUCACCAAGUUCGCUAACCUCAACUAGUCUUAGUGAAACAACAGAAUCCACAGCUGUCACAUCUUCAGCAUCACCAAGUUCUUCUACUGGAACAACCGCAGAAACGACACUGCUAACCUCAGCUAGUGUUAGUGAAACAACAGAAUCCACAGCUGUCACAUCUUCAACAUCACCAAGUUCGCUUACCUCAACUAGUCUUAGUGAAACAACAGAAUCCACAGCUGACACAUCUUCAACAUCACCAAGUUCUUCUGCUGGAACAACCGCAGAAACGACACUGCUAACCUCAACUAGUCUUAGUGAAACAACAGAAUCCACAGCUGUCACAUCUUCAGCAUCACCAAGUUCUUCUACUGGAACAACCGCAGAAACGACACUGCUAACCUCAGCUAGUGUUAGUGAAACAACAGAAUCCACAGCUGUCACAUCUUCAACAUCACCAAGUUCUUCUGCUGGAACAACUGCAGAAACGACACUGCUAACCUCAGCUAGUGUUAGUGAAACAACAGAAUCCACAGCUGUCACAUCUUCAACAUCACCAAGUUCUUCUGCUGGAACAACCACAGAAACGACACUGCUAACCUCAAGUAGUCUUAGUGAAACAACAGAAUCCACAGCUGUCACACCUUCAGCAUCACCAAGUUCUUCUACUGGAACAACCGCAGAAACGACAUUGCUAACCUCAGCUAGCGUAAGUGAAACAACGGAAUCCACAGCUGUCACAUCUUCAGCAUCACCAAGUUCUUCUACUGGAACAACUGCAGAAACGACAUUGCUAACCUCAGCUAGUGUAAGUGAAACAACAGAAUCCACAGCUGUCACAUCUUCAGCAUCACCAAGUUAUUCUGCUGGAACAACCGCAGAAACGACACUGCUAUCCUCAACUAGUCUUAGUGAAACAACAGAAUCCACAGCUGUCACAUCUUCAACAUCACCAAGUUCUUCUGCUGGAACAACCGCAGAAACGACACUGCUAACCUCAACUAGUCUUAGUGAAACAACAGAAUCCACAGCUGUCACAUCUUUAACAUCACCAAGUUCUUCUGCUGGAACAACUGCAGAAACGACACUGCUAACCUCAGCUAGUCUUAGUGAAACAACAGAAUCCACAGCUGUCACAUCUUCAGCAUCACCAAGUUCUUCUGCUGGAACAACUGCAGAAACGACACUGCUAACCUCAACUAGUCUUAGUGAAACAACAGAAUCCACAGCUGUCACAUCUUCAACAUCACCAAGUUCUUCUGCUGGAACGACUGCAGAAACAACACUGCUAACCUCAACUAGUCUUAGUGAAACAACAGAAUCCACAGCUGUCACAUCUUCAACAUCACCAAGUUCUUCUGCUGGAACGACUGCAGAAACGACACUGCUAACCUCAACUAGUCUUAGUGAAACAACAGAAUCCACAGCUGUCACAUCUUCAACAUCACCAAGUUCUUCUGCUGGAACAACCGCAGAAACGACACUGCUAACCUCAACUAGUCUUAGUGAAACAACAGAAUCCACAGCUGUCACAUCUUCAACAUCACCAAGUUCGCUAACCUCAGCUAGUCUUAGUGAAACAACAGAAUCCACAGCUGUCACAUCUUCAACAUCACCAAGUUCUUCUGCUGGAACAACUGCAGAAACGACACUGCUAACCUCAGCUAGUGUUAGUGAAACAACAGAAUCCACAGCUGUCACAUCUUCAGCAUCACCAAGUUCUUCUGCUGGAACAACUGCAGAAACGACACUGCUAACCUCAGCUAGUCUCCAUGAAACAACAGAAUCCACAGCUGUCACAUCUUCAGCAUCACCAAGUUCUUCUGCUGGAACGACCGCAGAAACGACACUGCUAACCUCAGCUAGUGUUAGUCAAACAACAGAAUCCACAGCUGUCACAUCUUCAACAUCACCAAGUUCGCUAACCUCAACUAGUCUUAGUGAAACAACAGAAUCCACAGCUGACACAUCUUCAACAUCACCAAGUUCUUCUGCUGGAACAACUGCAGAAACGACACUGCUAACCUCAACUAGUCUUAGUGAAACAACAGAAUCCACAGCUGUCACAUCUUCAGCAUCACCAAGUUCUUCUACUGGAACAACCGCAGAAACGACACUGCUAACCUCAGCUAGUGUUAGUGAAACAACAGAAUCCACAGCUGUCACAUCUUCAACAUCACCAAGUUCUUCUGCUGGAACAACUGCAGAAACGACACUGCUAACCUCAGCUAGUCUUAGUGAAACAACAGAAUCCACAGCUGUCACAUCUUCAACAUCACCAAGUUCGCUAACCUCAACUAGUCUUAGUGAAACAACAGAAUCCACAGCUGUCACAUCUUCAACAUCACCAAGUUCUUCUGCUGGAACAACUGCAGAAACGACACUGCUAACCUCAGCUAGUGUUAGUGAAACAACAGAAUCCACAGCUGUCACAUCUUCAACAUCACCAAGUUCUUCUGCUGGAACAACCACAGAAACGACACUGCUAACCUCAACUAGUCUUAGUGAAACAACAGAAUCCACAGCUGUCACAUCUUCAACAUCACCAAGUUCUUCUGCUGGAACAACUGCAGAAACGACACUGCUAACCUCAGCUAGUGUUAGUGAAACAACAGAAUCCACAGCUGUCACAUCUUCAACAUCACUAAGUUCUUCUGCUGGAACAACUGCAGAAACGACACUUCUAACAUCAGCUAGUGUUAGUGAAACAACAGAAUCCACAGCUGUCACAUCUUCAACAUCACCAAGUUCUUCUGCUGGAACAACCGCAGAAACGACACUGCUAACCUCAGCUAGUGUUAGUGAAACAACAGAAUCCACAGCUGUCACAUCUUCAGCAUCACCAAGUUCUUCUGCUGGAACAACUGCAGAAACGACACUGCUAACCUCAGCUAGUCUUCAUGAAACAACAGAAUCCACAGCUGUCACAUCUUCAGCAUCACCAAGUUCUUCUGCUGGAACGACCGCAGAAACGACACUGCUAACCUCAGCUAGUGUUAGUCAAACAACAGAAUCCACAGCUGUCACAUCUUCAACAUCACCAAGUUCGCUAACCUCAACUAGUCUUAGUGAAACAACAGAAUCCACAGCUGACACAUCUUCAACAUCACCAAGUUCUUCUGCUGGAACAACUGCAGAAACGACACUGCUAACCUCAACUAGUCUUAGUGAAACAACAGAAUCCACAGCUGUCACAUCUUCAGCAUCACCAAGUUCUUCUACUGGAACAACCGCAGAAACGACACUGCUAACCUCAGCUAGUGUUAGUGAAACAACAGAAUCCACAGCUGUCACAUCUUCAACAUCACCAAGUUCUUCUGCUGGAACAACUGCAGAAACGACACUGCUAACCUCAGCUAGUCUUAGUGAAACAACAGAAUCCACAGCUGUCACAUCUUCAACAUCACCAAGUUCGCUAACCUCAACUAGUCUUAGUGAAACAACAGAAUCCACAGCUGACACAUCUUCAACAUCACCAAGUUCUUCUGCUGGAACAACCGCAGAAACGACACUGCUAACCUCAACUAGUCUUAGUGAAACAACAGAAUCCACAGCUGUCACAUCUUCAGCAUCACCAAGUUCUUCUACUGGAACAACCGCAGAAACGACACUGCUAACCUCAGCUAGUGUUAGUGAAACAACAGAAUCCACAGCUGUCACAUCUUCAACAUCACCAAGUUCUUCUGCUGGAACAACCACAGAAACGACACUGCUAACCUCAACUAGUCUUAGUGAAACAACAGAAUCCACAGCUGUCACAUCUUCAGCAUCACCAAGUUCUUCUACUGGAACAACCGCAGAAACGACACUGCUAACCUCAGCUAGUGUUAGUGAAACAACAGAAUCCACAGCUGUCACAUCUUCAACAUCACCAAGUUCUUCUGCUGGAACAACCACAGAAACGACACUGCUAACCUCAACUAGUCUUAGUGAAACAACAGAAUCCACAGCUGUCACAUCUUCAACAUCACCAAGUUCUUCUGCUGGAACAACUGCAGAAACGACACUGCUAACCUCAGCUAGUGUUAGUGAAACAACAGAAUCCACAGCUGUCACAUCUUCAACAUCACCAAGUUCGCUAACCUCAACUAGUCUUAGUGAAACAACAGAAUCCACAGCUGACACAUCUUCAACAUCACCAAGUUCUUCUGCUGGAACAACUGCAGAAACGACACUGCUAACCUCAGCUAGUGUUAGUGAAACAACAGAAUCCACAGCUGUCACAUCUUCAACAUCACCAAGUUCGCUAACCUCAACUAGUCUUAGUGAAACAACAGAAUCCACAGCUGACACAUCUUCAACAUCACCAAGUUCUUCUGCUGGAACAACCACAGAAACGACACUGCUAACCUCAACUAGUCUUAGUGAAACAACAGAAUCCACAGCUGUCACAUCUUCAACAUCACCAAGUUCUUCUGCUGGAACAACUGCAGAAACGACACUGCUAACCUCAGCUAGUGUUAGUGAAACAACAGAAUCCACAGCUGUCACAUCUUCAACAUCACCAAGUUCGCUAACCUCAACUAGUCUUAGUGAAACAACAGAAUCCACAGCUGACACAUCUUCAACAUCACCAAGUUCUUCUGCUGGAACAACUGCAGAAACGACACUGCUAACCUCAACUAGUCUUAGUGAAACAACAGAAUCCACAGCUGUCACAUCUUCAGCAUCACCAAGUUCUUCUACUGGAACAACCGCAGAAACGACACUGCUAACCUCAGCUAGUGUUAGUGAAACAACAGAAUCCACAGCUGUCACAUCUUCAACAUCACCAAGUUCUACUGCUGGAACAACCGCAGAAACGACACUGCUAACCUCAACUAGUCUUAGUGAAACAACAGAAUCCACAGCUGUCACAUCUUCAGCAUCACCAAGUUCUUCUACUGGAACAACCGCAGAAACAACACUGCUAACCUCAGCUAGUGUUAGUGAAACAACAGAAUCCACAGCUGUCACAUCUUCAACAUCACCAAGUUCUUCUGCUGGAACAACUGCAGAAACGACACUGCUAACCUCAGCUAGUCUUAGUGAAACAACAGAAUCCACAGCUGUCACAUCUUCAGCAUCACCAAGUUCUUCUACUGGAACAACCGCAGAAACGACAUUGCUAACCUCAGCUAGUGUAAGUGAAACAACAGAAUCCACAGCUGUCACAUCUUCAGCAUCACCAAGUUCUUCUGCUGGAACAACCGCAGAAACGACACUGCUAUCCUCAACUAGUCUUAGUGAAACAACAGAAUCCACAGCUGUCACAUCUUCAACAUCACCAAGUUCGCUAACCUCAGCUAGUCUUAGUGAAACAACAGAAUCCACAGCUGUCACAUCUUCAACAUCACCAAGUUCUUCUGCUGGAACAACUGCAGAAACGACACUGCUAACCUCGACUAGUGUUAGUGAAACAACAGAAUCCACAGCUGUCACAUCUUCAACAUCACCAAGUUCUUCUGCUGGAACAACUGCAGAAACGACACUGCUAACCUCAACUAGUCUUAGUGAAACAACAGAAUCCACAGCUGUCACAUCUUCAACAUCACCAAGUUCUUCUGCUGGAACGACUGCAGAAACGACACUGCUAACCUCAACUAGUCUUAGUGAAACAACAGAAUCCACAGCUGUCACAUCUUCAACAUCACCAAGUUCUUCUGCUGGAACAACUGCAGAAACGACACUGCUAACCUCAGCUAGUGUUAGUGAAACAACAGAAUCCACAGCUGUCACAUCUUCAACAUCACCAAGUUCGCUAACCUCAACUAGUCUUAGUGAAACAACAGAAUCCACAGCUGACACAUCUUCAACAUCACCAAGUUCUUCCGCUGGAACAACCGCAGAUACGACACUGCUAACCUCAACUAGUCUUAGUGAAACAACAGAAUCCACAGCUGUCACAUCUUCAGCAUCACCAAGUUCUUCUACUGGAACAACCGCAGAAACGACACUGCUAACCUCAGCUAGUGUUAGUGAAACAACAGAAUCCACAGCUGUCACAUCUUCAACAUCACCAAGUUCUUCUGCUGGAACAACCACAGAAAUGACACUGCUAACCUCAACUAGUCUUAGUGAAACAACAGAAUCCACAGCUGUCACAUCUUCAACAUCACCAAGUUCUUCUGCUGGAACAACUGCAGAAACGACACUGCUAACCUCAGCUAGUGUUAGUGAAACAACAGAAUCCACAGCUGUCACAUCUUCAACAUCACCAAGUUCGCUAACCUCAACUAGUCUUAGUGAAACAACAGAAUCCACAGCUGACACAUCUUCAACAUCACCAAGUUCUUCUGCUGGAACAACCGCAGAAACGACACUGCUAACCUCAACUAGUCUUAGUGAAACAACAGAAUCCACAGCUGUCACAUCUUCAACAUCACCAAGUUCUUCUGCUGGAACAACUGCAGAAACGACACUGCUAACCUCAGCUAGUGUUAGUGAAACAACAGAAUCCACAGCUGUCACAUCUUCAACAUCACCAAGUUCGGUAACCUCAACUAGUCUUAGUGAAACAACAGAAUCCACAGCUGACACAUCUUCAGCAUCACCAAGUUCUUCUGCUGGAACAACCGCAGAAACGACACUGCUAUCCUCAACUAGUCUUAGUGAAACAACAGAAUCCACAGCUGUCACAUCUUCAACAUCACCAAGUUCGCUAACCUCAGCUAGUCUUAGUGAAACAACAGAAUCCACAGCUGUCACAUCUUCAACAUCACCAAGUUCUUCUGCUGGAACAACUGCAGAAACGACACUGCUAACCUCGACUAGUGUUAGUGAAACAACAGAAUCCACAGCUGUCACAUCUUCAACAUCACCAAGUUCUUCUGCUGGAACAACUGCAGAAACGACACUGCUAACCUCAGCUAGUCUUAGUGAAACAACAGAAUCCACAGCUGUCACAUCUUCAACAUCACCAAGUUCUUCUGCUGGAACGACUGCAGAAACGACACUGCUAACCUCAACUAGUCUUAGUGAAACAACAGAAUCCACAGCUGUCACAUCUUCAACAUCACCAAGUUCUUCUGCUGGAACAACUGCAGAAACGACACUGCUAACCUCAGCUAGUCUUAGUGAAACAACAGAAUCCACAGCUGUCACAUCUUCAACAUCACCAAGUUCGCUAACCUCAACUAGUCUUAGUGAAACAACAGAAUCCACAGCUGACACAUCUUCAACAUCACCAAGUUCUUCCGCUGGAACAACAGCAGAAACGACACUGCUAACCUCAACUAGUCUUAGUGAAACAACAGAAUCCACAGCUGUCACAUCUUCAGCAUCACCAAGUUCUUCUACUGGAACAACCGCAGAAACGACACUGCUAACCUCAGCUAGUGUUAGUGAAACAACAGAAUCCACAGCUGUCACAUCUUCAACAUCACCAAGUUCUUCUGCUGGAACAACCACAGAAACGACACUGCUAACCUCAACUAGUCUUAGUGAAACAACAGAAUCCACAGCUGUCACAUCUUCAACAUCACCAAGUUCUUCUGCUGGAACAACUGCAGAAACGACACUGCUAACCUCAGCUAGUGUUAGUGAAACAACAGAAUCCACAGCUGUCACAUCUUCAACAUCACCAAGUUCGCUAACCUCAACUAGUCUUAGUGAAACAACAGAAUCCACAGCUGACACAUCUUCAACAUCACCAAGCUCUUCUGCUGGAACACCUGCAGAAACGACACUGCUAACCUCAACUAGUCUUAGUGAAACAACAGAAACCACAGCUGUCACAUCUUCAACAUCACCAAGUUCUUCUGCUGGAACAACUGCAGAAACGACACUGCUAACCUCGACUAGUGUUAGUGAAACAACAGAAUCCACAGCUGUCACAUCUUCAACAUCACCAAGUUCUUCUGCUGGAACAACUGCAGAAACGACACUGCUAACCUCAGCUAGUCUUAGUGAAACAACAGAAUCCACAGCUGUCACAUCUUCAACAUCACCAAGUUCUUCUGCUGGAACGACUGCAGAAACGACACUGCUAACCUCAACUAGUCUUAGUGAAACAACAGAAUCCACAGCUGUCACAUCUUCAACAUCACCAAGUUCUUCUGCUGGAACAACUGCAGAAACGACACUGCUAACCUCAGCUAGUGUUAGUGAAACAACAGAAUCCACAGCUGUCACAUCUUCAACAUCACCAAGUUCGCUAACCUCAACUAGUCUUAGUGAAACAACAGAAUCCACAGCUGACACAUCUUCAACAUCACCAAGUUCUUCUGCUGGAACAACCGCAGAAACGACACUGCUAACCUCAACUAGUCUUAGUGAAACAACAGAAUCCACAGCUGUCACAUCUUCAGCAUCACCAAGUUCUUCUACUGGAACAACCGCAGAAACAACACUGCUAACCUCAGCUAGUGUUAGUGAAACAACAGAAUCCACAGCUGUCACAUCUUCAACAUCACCAAGUUCUUCUGCUGGAACAACUGCAGAAACGACACUGCUAACCUCAGCUAGUGUUAGUGAAACAACAGAAUCCACAGCUGUCACAUCUUCAACAUCACCAAGUUCUUCUGCUGGAACAACCACAGAAACGACACUGCUAACCUCAACUAGUCUUAGUGAAACAACAGAAUCCACAGCUGUCACAUCUUCAGCAUCACCAAGUUCUUCUACUGGAACAACCGCAGAAACGACAUUGCUAACCUCAGCUAGUGUAAGUGAAACAACAGAAUCCACAGCUGUCACAUCUUCAGCAUCACCAAUUUCUUCUGCUGGAACAACCGCAGAAACGACACUGCUAUCCUCAACUAGUCUUAGUGAAACAACAGAAUCCACAGCUGUCACAUCUUCAACAUCACCAAGUUCGCUAACCUCAGCUAGUCUUAGUGAAACAACAGAAUCCACAGCUGUCACAUCUUCAACAUCACCAAGUUCUUCUGCUGGAACAACUGCAGAAACGACACUGCUAACCUCGACUAGUGUUAGUGAAACAACAGAAUCCACAGCUGUCACAUCUUCAACAUCACCAAGUUCUUCUGCUGGAACAACUGCAGAAACGACACUGCUAACCUCAGCUAGUCUUAGUGAAACAACAGAAUCCACAGCUGUCACAUCUUCAACAUCACCAAGUUCUUCUGCUGGAACGACUGCAGAAACGACACUGCUAACCUCAACUAGUCUUAGUGAAACAACAGAAUCCACAGCUGUCACAUCUUCAGCAUCACCAAGUUCUUCUGCUGGAACAACUGCAGAAACGACACUGCUAACCUCAACUAGUCUUAGUGAAACAACAGAAUCCACAGCUGUCACAUCUUCAACAUCACCAAGUUCUUCUGCUGGAACAACUGCAGAAACGACACUGCUAACCUCAACUAGUCUUAGUGAAACAACAGAAUCCACAGCUGUCACAUCUUCAACAUCACCAAGUUCUUCUGCUGGAACAACCGCAGAAACGACACUGCUAACCUCAGCUAGUGUUAGUGAAACAACAGAAUCCACAGCUGUCACAUCUUCAACAUCACCAAGUUCGCUAACCUCAGCUAGUCUUAGUGAAACAACAGAAUCCACAGCUGUCACAUCUUCAACACCACCAAGUUCUUCUGCUGGAACAACUGCAGAAACGACACUGCUAACCUCAACUAGUCUUAGUGAAACAACGGAAUCCACAGCUGUCACAUCUUCAACAUCACCAAGUUCUUCUGCUGGAACAACUGCAGAAACGACACUGCUAACCUCAAGUAGUCUUAGUGAAACAACAGAAUCCACAGCUGUCACAUCUUCAACAUCACCAAGUUCUUCCGCUGGAACAACCGCAGAAACGACACUGCUAACCUCAACUAGUCUUAGUGAAACAACAGAAUCCACAGCUGUCACAUCUUCAACAUCACCAAGUUCUUCUGCUGGAACAACCGCAGAAACGACACUGCUAACCUCAACUAGUCUUAGUGAAACAACAGAAACCACAGCUGUCACAUCUUCAACAUCACCAAGCUCUUCUGCUGGAACACCUGCAGAAACGACACUGCUAACCUCAACUAGUCUUAGUGAAACAACAGAAACCACAGCUGUCACAUCUUCAACAUCACCAAGUUCUUCUGCUGGAACAACUGCAGAAACGACACUGCUAACCUCAACUAGUCUUAGUGAAACAACAGAAUCCACAGCUGUCACAUCUUCAACAUCACCAAGUUCUUCUGCUGGAACAACUGCAGAAACGACACUGCUAACCUCAGCUAGUGUUAGUGAAACAACAGAAUCCACAGCUGUCACAUCUUCAACAUCACCAAGUUCUUCUGCUGGAACAACUGCAGAAACGACACUGCUAACCUCAGCUAUUGUUAGUGAAACAACAGAAUCCACAGCUGUCACAUCUUCAGCAUCACCAAGUUCUUCUGCUGGAACAACCGCAGAAACGACACUGCUAACCUCAGCUAGUGUUAGUGAAACAACAGAAUCCACAGCUGUCACAUCUUCAACAUCACCAAGUUCUUCUGCUGGAACAACCGCAGAAACGACACUGCUAACCUCAACUAGUCUUAGUGAAACAACAGAAUCCACAGCUGUCACAUCUUCAACAUCACCAAGUUCUUCUGCUGGAACAACUGCAGAAACGACACUGCUAACCUCAGCUAGUCUUAGUGAAACAACAGAAUCCACAGCUGUCACAUCUUCAACAUCACCAAGUUCUUCUGCUGGAACAACCGCAGAAACGACACUGCUAACCUCAACUAAUCUUAGUGAAACAACAGAAUCCACAGCUGUCACAUCUUCAACAUCACCAAGUUCUUCUGCUGGAACAACCGCCGAAACGACACUGCUAACCUCAACUAGUCUUAGUGAAACAACAGAAUCCACAGCUGUCACAUCUUCAACAUCACCAAGUUCUUCUGCUGGAACAACCGCAGAAACGACACUGCUAACCUCAACUAGUCUUAGUGAAACAACAGAAUCCACAGCUGUCACAUCUUCAACAUCACCAAGUUCUUCUGCUGGAACAACUGCAGAAACAACACUGGGAAACGCCACUAUUUUUACUGACACAACAGAAUCAGCAGCUGUCACAUCUUCAAUAUCACUAAAAUCUUCUGCUGGAACAACUGCAGAAACGACACUGCUAACCUCAACUAGUCUUAGUGAAACAACAAAAUCUGCAUCAACUCAUAGAACAGGUGUUACAUCAGAACCACCAUCAACUUCUCCUUCAGUAUCUACUACAGGCAUCACAUUGGAAACGUCAACAGGUGUUACAUCAGAACCACCAUCAACUUCUCCUUCAGGAUCAACUACAGGCAUCACACUGCAAACAUCAACAGGUGUUACAUCAGAACUACCAUCAUCUUCUCCCUUAGGAUCAACUGCAGGCAUCACAGUGGAAACAUCAACAGGUUUUACAUCAGAACCACCAUCAACUUCUCCUUCGGGAUCAACUACAGGCAUCACAUUUGAAACAUCAACAGGUGUUACAUCAGAAUCACCAUCAACUUCUUUUUCAGGAUCAACUACAGGAAUCACAGUGGAAAGGUCAACAGGUGUUACAUCAGAACCACCAUCAACUUCUCCCUCAGGAUCGACUACAACCAUAACAGUGGAAAUUUCAACAGGUGUUACGUCAGAACCACCAUCAACUUCUUCUUCAGAAUCAGCUACAGUCAUGUCACUGCAAACAGCAACAGGUGUUACAUCAGAACCACCAUCAACUUCUCCUUCAGAGUCAUCUACAGCAGUCACAGUUGAAACAUCAACAGGUGUUACAUCAGAAUCACCAUCAACUUCUCCUUCAGAUUCAACUACAACCAUCACAGUUGAAACAUCAACAGGUGUUACAUCAGAAUCACCAUCAACCUCUCCUUCAGAUUCAACUACAACCAUCACACUGGAAACAUCAACAGGUGUUACAUCAGAACCACCAUCAACUUCUUCAGAAUCAACUACAGCCAUCCCACUGCAAACAUCAACAGGUGUUACAUCAGAAUCACCAUCAACUUCUCCCUCAGGAUCAACUACAGGCAUCACAGUGGAAACAUCAACAGGUGUUACAUCAGAACCACCAUCAACUUCUCCCUCAGGAUCGACUACAACCAUAACAGUGGAAAUUUCAACAGGUGUUACAUCAGAAUCACCAUCAUCUUCUUCAGAAUCAAAUACAGCCAUCCCACUGCAAACAUCAACAGGUGUUACAUCAGAAUCACCAUCAACUUCUCCCUUAGGAUCAACUACAGCCAUCACAGUUGAAACAUCAACAGGUGUUACAUUAGAACCACCAUCAACUUCUCCUUCAGAGUCAUCUACAGUGAUCAUACUGGAAACAUCAACAGGUAUUACAUCAGAAUCACCAUCAACUUCUUCAGAAUCAACUACAGCCAUCCCACUGCAAACAUCAUCAAGUGUUACAUCAGAAUCACCAUCUAGUACUCUUUCAAGAUCAACUACAGGCAUUACACCAAAAACAACAACAGGUGUUACAUCAGAACCACCAUCUAGUACUCUUUCAAGAUCAACUACAGGCAUCACACCAAAACCAUCCACAGGUGUUACAUCAGAACCGUCAUCUAGUACUCUUUCAAGAUCAACCACAGGCAUCACGCCAAAAACAACAACAGGUGUUAUAUCAGAACCACCAUCUAGUACUCCUUCAAGAUCAACCACAGGCAUCACACCAAAACCAUCAACAGGUGUUACAUCAGAACCGCCAUCUAGUACUCCUUCAAGAUCAACCACAGGCAUCACACCAAAAACAACAACAGGUGUUACGUCAGAACCGCCAUCUAGUACUCCUUCAAGAUCAACCACAGGCAUCACACCAAAAACAACAACAGGUGUUAUGUCAGAACCGCCAUCUAGUACUCCUUCAAGAUCAACCACAGGUAUCACACCAAAACCAUCAACAGGUGUUACGUCAGAACCGCCAUCUAGUACUCCUUCAAGAUCAACCACAGGUAUCACACCAAAAACAACAACAGGUGUUACGUCAGAACCGCCAUCUAGUACUCCUUCAAGAUCAACCACAGGCAUCACACCAAAAACAACAACAGGUGUUACAUCAGAACCGCCAUCUAGUACUCCUACAAGAUCAACCACAGGCAUCACACCAAAAACAUCAACACAUGUUACAACGGGAACACCAUCUAGCCCUUCUUCAAGAUCAACUACAGAUGAACCUACAACAAGCCCAGUUGCCAUACGGUAUAUUAGCUUUACCACUAAUGAAACAUUUGUUCCUGACCUAUCAAACAAAUCUUCAUCUGCCUUCAAUGACCGAGCAAACCUUGUCAUAACAAAGCUUGAACCAAUCUUAAAGAAGAAUUCCAGCAACUUCAUCAAACUAACAGUGAUUCGUUUCAGGUCUGGAUCAAUCAUCACAGAUAUGAGUUUAAGCUACACAAAUCAAGGAGGUCUUCCCAGUGAUCAACAAAUCAUUGACACAAUAAAGAAUGCAGAUACAGGUUUUGUCAUGACAGAUGUUUUUGUAACACAAACAGCAACUACUACUACUCCGACCAUACCUACUACAAUAGCAACUAUUUCUUCUGCUACUACAAAACCACUUGAUACAACAACUACUACAAAAGCACCUACAGUAACUACAGCUACUACAAAAACAACUAUUACAGCUGCUACUACUACAAAACUGACUGUUCCACCAGCUACUACAAAAGCAUCUACAGUAACUACAGCUACUACAAAAACAACUAUUACAGCUGCUACUACAAAAACAACUACAACACCUACAGCAAUUACAACAAAAGCAACUACAAAACCUAUAGCAGUUACUACAAAAACAACUACAAAACCUACAGCAAUUACAACAACAGCAACUACAAAACCUAUAGCAGUUACUACAAAAACAACUACAAAGCCUACAGCAAUUACUACAAAAGCAACUACAAAACCUAUAGUAAUUACUACAAAAGCAACUAUUACAAGUACAACUCCAGCAACCACAAAAGCUACUACUAAAACAACUACUACUACUACAACUACUACUACCACCACCACUCCAAAACCAACAACAACAACAACAACAACAACAACAACAACUGUUGUACCAACUCGUCCACUGCCAACUGUCGAGAUGAGUGCUGUUCUCAAGUAUACUUAUGUUCCACAGCUUGGUAAUCCUCAGAGUAAGGAAUUCAAAGAAUUGGAAGCCAUUGUGGUUCUAGUGCUGGAUCAAAUCUAUAAAACACUGUAUGGCCCUCUGUUCAUCCGGACCAUUGUCCUAGCCUUCAAACCUCAGCCCAAACGUGCAGAUGAAAAUACGCAAGCAGAGGUCCAGCUGGUAUUCAAUGAGAACUCCACAAAACCUGUCCCAACUGGUGAACAAGUAGUGAAUGCUCUGAAAAAUGUUGCAGAAAAUAACAAUACUUUCAGCGUGCAAUUUGAAGCCUCAACAAUCACUCUAAUCAAUGAGCCAUACAUUAUCCCUGUGCAAUUCCGAACAAAUGGCACUUUUGUAGCAGCUCUCUCAAAUACUAAUUCAGAUUUAUUCACAAACAGAUCAAUCAUGAUUAAAACAGGACUUACUCCUUUUUUCACUGAUGACUUCCCUACUACUUUCAUCAUCUUAACCAUGUCAAACUUCAGCAAAGGAAGACCUAAAGAAAAUUCUGAUUCAAUUCUGAACUUCAUGGACUUGGCUUUUGCCAAAUCUGCUAAACUUCCCAACAACACCCAAAUUGGGGAAACUAUGCUUAGAGCAGCCAGAAAUAACAGCCUUCCUUUCAAGAUCUUCACCAAUGACAUCAUAGUCAAUGGCACACUAAUAUCAUCGAGCGAUGUCAGCAGCAAGAUCAGUGUGCUCAUGGCGUGCUUCAUGGUGGCUGUGUCACUUCUGUUCACAUGGUCCAGCUGAUGCUAAGGCACAUCCUCCAGUCAGAGUGAGAAACUUCACCAUAUUUACACUCUGAUUACUUUAAUGAACCAUGCAAAUACAGUAUGCCUAGCUAAGUUUUUAUAUAUACUGUAAAUGCACAUGCUUAAAAAGCACAAUAAUAAUUUAUACAAGCAAACUUGUAUGAUAGGGUAUGGUCAGUACUCAUAGCUUUAAUUAUUAUGAAUUUCUAUAUAAGUUGGUGAUGGGCAUUUUGCAAAUGAUCUUUGUAUUUGAAUAUAUCCUGGAGGCAAGAAUGAAGGAAUUUCUUUGUCACAAGACAACAUGACAAACUAAAAUGGGAAGAGCACUGUGGUGUGUCAUAUUCUGUGUAUUAUUCUACAUCUAGGUUACCAUUUUUUGUGCCUUAUGGCACUGAAUAAAUCUAAAAAAAAAAGUGUUAUGGGUUUUUGCAAAUUAUAUAACUCUAUAAUAAUUAUAAAUUAUGAUUUAGUCCAAAUUAAGCAGAGAUUAAAUAAAACACAAAUGAAACUACUGCCUGUAAGCCACAGAAUGCAUACAAAGUGGUUUGACUAGUUUUAAUGCCUCUCUAUAAGUUUGUACUCAACAGGCAGGCUACGCAACAACUUUGUGUGACAAAGAUGACUGUAUGUUCUCAUGUUCUGUAAUUUAAUAUAGCAUGUAAUAGACUAAAAUAUUAUUAUUUAUAUUUGACUUAUCUAAAAUUGUACACUUUAAAAAAUAUAUAUUGUUUGUUCAUUUAAUCUUCUCUAUUGCACUCAGCACUAUGUAUUUAUUUACUGCAGUAGAUAAGUCUUUGGACUAUGUAUUUAUUGAGAUAUUUUAAUAUAGUCAACUAUAUAUGCUACAAUAUGGUUGCAUUGACUGUAGUACUUCAUAUUUAUAAAUGCCCAACUCAGUUUCUAAUAAACUCAGGAGAAGCUGUACCAAUGACCCUUUUUUUAUUGCUAAAAUUGAACGUUAACCAUUUCAUUAAUGUUAUUAAGUUUCAGGAAAUUAAUCAACAGUAUUACAAAUCUAUGAUAUAAUUUUCAGGCAUACAAUUAUUGCCUCUCUCAGAUAAUCAAAUCUCUGAGAUAAUCUAUGUUUAGAUAGAUAUCAUCAAGAUCAGAGGCUUGUGCACUUGCUGCUGCCAAGAUUCACUAUUACAAGCCACAGUUGCAAUUACUGGAUCUGAAAUCAAUUCCAACCCCAACAAAUUAGCAAACAGUCUUGAUGUAGUACAUAGAUUUCACGUAGGUGUACAUUAUAUAUUAUAUGUCUGCUGUCUUAAACAUCCAUGUUUCUGUCUGUUUUUUAAACAUCCAUGAAUUGGAUAAGUCAUAUUUUCUCUUGCAUGUGUAUGCCAAACCUGAGUCAGUAAAACAUUUUGGUCAUGACCAAGAUUCACUCCACUGUUGUUCAGUGAGUUUAAUGACUCAUAUUUAAGUUCAUUCAGUCUGAAUUAGAGAUUUCCAGCAUUUCCAGCUUAAGAUGUCACCUAGUGGCAGAAGCACAAAAAUGACUAAUUUCACCUCCUGAAUUUUAAUUGUACAGUUUAUUCUUUUCAUACAAUGUAUGUAGAUAUAUACAGUGCAUGGCCUAAUGAAAUAUAUUCUGAAAUAUUUUUGCUAUACAAAGUACAUUGUUAAAUUACAAUUAAAUAAUAGGUUUUUAAUCAUAUAAUUGUCAUAAUCCAAUCAAAUCCGCUGCUUGUUUGGAUUUCUUUCUCACCAUGAAUUAGUCCAAAUAUCAAUAAAUAAAUCAAUAAAAAUAAAAAAUGUACUGACUAUCACUUUUAUAUAAACAUAUUUUAGCACAAAUAAAGUUCGUACGCCAUGAUGAGACAAUAUUCCGAUGUUCAGUGUGGCUGUUUGCUGCCAUCUUGUGUCUUUUUGUUUCUUCUUGUUUUCUGUAGAAAUAAAAAUUACACAGCUUUAAAAUAUGUGUAUAACAAACAUGACUAAAUUUACUAAACAAACACAUGCUAAAAUUAUGACUGAUGCUUGAGACACCUCUGUAAAGAUUUUAAACAUCUCUUUAAACACUUUUGUUUAUCACCUUUCUUUUUAUCGAAGAAUUCUGCCCCAUGAUAGGUCCUUUUCAGUGAGUCAGAUUAUCUAACCCAUCUAACCCGACUCUUUUGGUUCCCAAAAGUUUUAUUGUUGUGUCUGCUGUGUGUGUCCUUCAUUACGAAGACUCAUUCAUGUAAUCUUGUCUAUUAGUUUACAGUGAAAAAAUAACAGUAAAAAACGGCUUAUAUAUUCAAGUGGGCUCUCAACUUUCACCAAAAAAGAGCUGGUUCAAUGAGUCAACUCGUUUGUGACUAUGCUGCAUGUUAAUGAUAAUGAUAAAGAUGAUAUUAAUCUUUUGUAAAACCUGCACUAGUUUAAUCAAACAAUCAUUGAUGAUCAUGAUUUUUUUUUUUUUUUUACUAUUUUUUAAAAUCCACUUGAAUUUUGAUUUUAUUUAGUUAUCUAGCAAUAAAGAUUGGAUGCAAGAUAUUUACUAUGUUACUGUAUAAUUAUUAUAAACCAAGGGCAUCACCUGGCCCUAGUAAAAUGGUGACAAAACUGACAAGGUGCCCCAGUAAACAAAAUAGAUUUCACUUAUUGUUCAUUGUUCACAUACUCGCCUGCAUACUUUUUGUCUAUACUGUUUGUGUUCAAUUUGGUAAGAUUGUGUGAAGUACAUCUUCUGUUCAGAACUCUAUUUAUAUAAUCAUUUUCUUCUGUAUUCAACAGUUUCACAAGAAAUGUCCAAGUAAAAAAUUUAAAUAAAUAAAUAAAAUAAAGAUUGGUUAACAGUGCGUGAAUGUGUGUUCAUGUACAUACAGUAUGUGUCCCCAUCCAGGGUGAAUUACCACUUCAAGCCCAGUGUUCUGGGAUAGGCUCCAGGUCCACC